AUGCUGGACCGAGAACAAGGCCAAAGGACACGAAACGGACAUCAUCUUCGUGGACUUCAGCAAGGCCAUCGACAAGGUGCCGCAGGAUUUCCUUCUGCGAAACCUGUCCAACCUAGGUGUAGGUGUGAUCAUGCGGAAUUGGCUGCGAAACGUCCUCGUCGAUCGGAAAUUCUGCGUCCUGGGGUCCCUCAAGGCUCGGUUCUUGGUCUAUUGCUCUUUGUGGUAUAUGUGAACGACCUGCCUGGUCAACUGUGCAGCCCAUCCCUCAUGUAUGUGGAUGACAUCAAAAUCUGGCGUACAAUCAAGGAUCCGAAUGAUCGAAGUUCUCUUCAAGCGGAUUUGAACAACCUGGCUCAGUAG